AUGACUUCAGUAUAUAAAACCUUUAUUUUUAUUGUUACCUUACUUCUAUAAACUUUUGUUCAUUAUGUUUCAUCUGUAUUUAUUAUUAUUAGUAGUAUUUCUGUAAUGAACACCGAAACUUGUGUUCAUGUGAACGGAUAGUUAUUUUACGUAAUCUUUGACUAUCCUCAUAACUAUCUCAAGUUGCUCAUAUUUCCGAUUUCAUUACCCUUAUUUUCAAACAAAGUUAUAUCCGACUAAGGUUGAAGGAUUCUAUUUAUUUAUGAUAUAUAUAUUUCAGAUAUUACAAUUUUUUAUCGUUAUUACUCUAAUUGUGCCCAUUUAAUCUAAAUACUAGACAGAAGCCCAGGCUGGUCUGGAUAAAUAGCGUCCAUUGGAUUUGAAACAGUAGAAAAAAUAACAAGAGAACAUUGAGACAACAUCAAAGAACGAAAUAAAAAAAUAAAAAUGAGGGACAGACAAAAAUGUCGAAAGAGAAAUACUUGAAACUACUUGAAUUUCUUCUUUUCCGCGCUGUGGCGGACGUAGGCAACUCAUAUCCCCGGAUGCGAUCUUCUCUGCUCCUGCUGGGAGGUGACGUCCAGCAGCCCACUCGCAGGACGACGGCGGGGCGCACCCGUCCAGCCACCGCUUUCCUCCACCAUGAAGAUGGGGGGUUGGGCGGUGGGGGUCGUCUUCUGGUCUCCUCUCGUUUUAUCGGAGGAAUAAUGAAAAAGGAGGAGGCGGGGGGGGGGGGCGGGGGGCGGAAGCAUUCGGCGGCCUACUUUCUCCUCCUUUUUCUCUCCCAGCGGCCCACACGGAAAAAGCAGGGCGGGGAAUGUGAUUCCAGCCCCCCCCCGUCCCAGCUCAUUGAUCUCUCCCGGUCUCCCAUCUCCUUCCAUUUCACGAGCUCGAGCCCUUCCGCGCUCCUCGACCCUUCUAGAGCACUGAGCUGAAGCCCUUUCCCCCCAGCUCAUCUUCCCUGACGAAGAUCGGAAGAUGUCUUUCAGAUCGGUGAGUUUUUCUUCCACGAGUUCCACAAAAGCACAGUGGUGGUCGACUGGUGGUUUUCUGGUGAAUGCCAAUCUCCUCUUCCUCCUCAUCUGCUUGCGUGGCUGGUUUCUCGGUCGAUUCAGAUUUUACCCCUAGGGGGUUAUUGAUGAUUCUGCUCAGUUCUUUGUUCUCAGAGGUAUAGUCUUCCCUGUUGUAAAUUUUAGACUCCGAUCAUGGAUCUUCCUUCCUGAGAUCUCCUCUAAAACUUGAUGAUCUGUGGCGGGUGUUAUCAUAUUCCCGUAAAUGAUGUUCAUCUAUGCUUUACUCGAUAAUCAAAACCACCUCACUACAGAGCUCGAAGAAUGCUGCCUUCUUUGUAUAAAACCUGGUCGUUGACGUUUGCCAUCGAUCCUCUGAAGUCGCUUCUUCCCGCAUCUUCCCCCUGUCGUUUUACUGUUCCAGUCGAAUGCGUCCUCCGGGAUGGGCGUCGCCGACGACUGCAAACGCACCUUUCUCGAGCUUCAGAGGAAGAAGGCGCACCGCUACGUCGUCUUCCGGAUUGACGAGAAGCUGAAGGAGGUCAUCGUCGAGAAGACGGGCGGCGCGGCGGAGAGCUACGACGAUUUCCUGGCCUCCCUGCCGGAGGACGACUGCCGGUACGCGAUCUACGACUUGGACUUUGUGACCGAAGAGAACUGCCAGAAGAGCAAGAUAUUCUUCGUCGCCUGGUGAGCUGCUGGUCCUCCUUUCGUCAAAUCCCCGCCGUUUCCCUUCGCUUCGGAGAUCUCCGAUCCGAUCAUUCGUUCCAUCACGUCAUAUACUCUGUGAUCGGAGCAGGUCGCCUUCUGUGUCCCGGAUCCGAGCGAAGAUGCUGUAUGCGACCUCCAAGGAUCGAUUCAGGCGGGAGCUGGACGGGGUCCACUAUGAGAUCCAGGCCACCGAUUCCUCCGAGCUGGACAUCGAAGUGCUCAGAGACCGUGCCAACUAG